AUGAUAGCCACAAUUACACCAACAUAAACUAAAAAUGAUAAGUAAUAAUUUAUGAUUAAUAUAGUAUUGCUGGUUUUUGGAUAAUAUGCUAAUUGAAUGGCACAUGCAAAACUUAAAUCAUAUGA